AUGGGUCACGGCCCCCCAUGCGACCUGCCGCCUUCACCCUUCCUUCGUUCAUUAUUGAGGCCAAACUUGCGAGCACAGGCACAGGCGAAGGCCAAAGCCAAAGCAAAGGGCGGAGGCAAAGGCAAGAGUGGCAAGGGCAAGUGCGUUCAGGAGGAGAGUUUCACAGACUUUCAGGUGGAUGACUGGCGACACCUGCCUUUAGAUCCUGCCGAGGCUGUCGGUGCACCGAAGGGGAUACAGGGGCAUUGUGUUGUGAGCCAUGAUGCCCGGCUCUGGUGCAUCGGCGGCGCUCGGCCAGAUACCUCGAGCCCUCAGAUUUCUCUCUUGCUUUUCGAUCUGCACAGGCGCUGCUGGAGUGACAUGACUCCUAAGCCAGCGGAAUCUGCCCCAAGCUGGAGAUGGGGCCAUUCCUCCGUGGUUGUGCCUGCGCAGUAUCCUCCACAGCCUGGCACGAGAGAGAACCUACUCUUACUUUGCGGGGGCUUUGACAAAGAAACAAACAUGAACGAUGUGUGGUAUUUCUGCCCCCAGAACGGCCAGUUCUUCCAACCCCGCGUCGGCAUGGACUCUGUUCCAGUGGUCGGUGCAUACCACUCCUUAGCGUACGACAGCGCCACAGACGAGGCGUAUCUUUUUGGAGGCCAGAAGUGCGUCCAAGGAAAGUACGAGUUUUACGAUACCCUUCUCAAGUGCGGGCUGAACUGUGGGUCUUGGCUCAUCGUGCACACUCGCGGCGCCCGGCCACCUGAACGCGGACAGCAUUCCUGCGCCAUCUCCAACCGUGUGCUAGUGCUUCAUGGGGGCAGCAAUCGAUACAAAUUGUUGCGAGAUGUUUGGACUUUGAAGCUGGACGCGAGCACACCUCAUUGGUCCGAAGUGAAGAUCUUCGGCCCCUCCCUGUGGGUGGGGAAGAAGCAGAAGGCUGUGCCCUACCAGAUCGCACCUUGCCGGCCCUUCCUGGAGGCUUCCGGCGAUGGGAUUUUGGUCCUCGGCCGAGGGAAGCCUUCGAAGGAGGACCAUCCCGGCGACCUCUCCUUGUGGGCCCUGAGCCUGCAGAGGCGACGCUGGCGACGGGUCCCUGUAGAGAUGCCACCAGCCUGGGCUGGCAACUUCGCGGCUUCCUUCCACGAAGGGGGUGUGGGGAAUGUCCUCUUGGUUCUUGGCGGCGAGCGCAUGGGAUCUUCACCUGUUGCUGGCACUGGCAGCCCGCUGUGCGACGGCGAAUUGUGGUCGAUCGACUUGGCGGCGCGGCCUUCCAAGCUCUUGCUACUCACUCUACAGAAACUCCUUCGCAGCGGCUCUGUCCGGUUUUCUGAGGACGUGCUGAGGACUGGCAUAUUUGAUCGAAGCGGCUCGCCACUGCAGCAGGCUAGCAAGGUUUAUGUCCCGUACUGCACGUCGGACGCAUACAUGGGUGAUGGAGCUUUUGGCCCCUGGCAAUUCCGCGGUGCACGUAUUGUUCGUGCUGUUCUGAAGGAUCUUCGCACAAGAGGUCUUCGUCCGGGCAGCAGGUUGAUCUUCGGAGGAGGAUCAGCAGGUUCCAGAGGUGCGAUGGUGCUUCUAGAUGAGGUCACGAAGAUGCUUCCUGGGAUUCAAGUACAUGGAUUUCUGGACUCCCCGUACUGGAUAGACAUCCCAUCGUCUGCUGCCAAUUUCUCAGGAUUUCAACAUCAGACACGUGAUGUGCUGACCAAUUUCAAUGCAUGGUCAGUUGUCUCGCAGACAUGCUAUGCACAGUACAGGUCAGAAGAGGCGUGGAAGUGCUUGUUCGGGCAGUACCGCAUGGCCUUCGUGAGGACCCCGUACCUGUUGAUCGCCUCGCAGUUUGAUUCGUGGCAGCUCUCGCACCUGGUUCACGGCUACAGCGGAAUCCAAGAUCAGCCUGCCUUCACGCCGACCGAAGUUGCCUACACGGAGAAGUUUGCGGCUCAGACUCGAUCUGGACUUGACGAGCUGGCAGAAGCAGUGCCAAGUGGCUCCUAUAUAUAUUCCGCGGCAUGUUACAACCACCACAUCUCCGAGAAAGGGAUCUUCUUUACCUCUGCAACAAGCUCGGGCUUCACUGAGUCCGAAGCCCUCGCAGCUAUUUGGAGAGGCCAUGGCGAUGCCAUCGACCGCUGUGACGGAUUCAACUGUAGCAUCGGAUGUGGCCCAGGCACUGCCAUAGUUAUCUAG